GACUAUGGCCGGGGAUGCGACCAAGGCUUUGGAGAAAGGAAGCUGCCCCCCAGGGCCCGUCCCGGAGGGCCUGAUCCGCGUCUACAGCAUGAGGUUCUGCCCCUUUUCGCACCGGACGCGCCUUGUCCUCAGGGCCAAAGGCAUCAGACAUGAAAUUAUCAACAUUAACCUGCGAAACAAGCCUGAAUGGUACUAUACAAAGCACCCUUUUGGCAGAAUUCCUGUCCUGGAGAACAGUAGAUGUCAACUAAUCUAUGAAUCUAUUGUUGCUUGUGAGUACCUGGAUGACGCUUAUCCUGGAAGGAAGCUGUUUCCAAAUGACCCUUAUGAACGAGCUCGCCAAAAGAUGUUAUUGGAGCUAUUCUGUAAGGUCCCGCAAUUGACCAAGGAGUGUCUGGUAGCCUUGAGAUAUGGGAGAGAUUGCACUAAUCUGAAGGUAGCCCUGCGUCAGGAAUUCUGCAACCUGGAAGAGAUUCUCGACUACCAGAACACUUGCUUCUUUGGUGGAGACUGUAUCUCCAUGAUCGAUUACCUCCUCUGGCCCUGGUUUGAGCGUCUGGAUGUGUAUGGGAUUGCAGAUUGUGUGAGCCACACCCCAGCCCUGCGGCUCUGGAUAGCGGCCAUGAAGCAGGACCCUGUGGUGUGUGCUCUUCUCCUAGAAAAGAGUGUCUUCCAGGGCUACUUGAGUCUCUAUUUUCAGAACAACCCUUCUGCCUUUGACUAUGGGCUGUGCUGAGCCCACAGUCCCCAACCUCCCCUUCCUCAUCUAGAAUUCCCAAGCUUGUCAUGACUCUGCCACAGGGAGUGUCUUGGGAAUCAAUCUGUCUCUGUUCCUUUUCCUUGAGGUUCCCAAUAAAAAUGAAAACAG